AUGGAAAGGAGUUUGUCUACCGGUACUAUGAUGCCGGAGAUGGAGGUGCUUUCCAGUCGCCGGAACAAUGUUUUUGGCCCUGUUGGAUUGCUUUGGCAGCAGGCCAAGGCGCCAUUGAUAGUGCUAUUCUUGAAAAUAAUGGUUAUUGUGUGCUUAAUAAUGUCAACAAUGUUACUCGUGGAGAGGGUUUAUAUGGGAAUUGUUAUACUUUUCGUCAAGCUGUUGAGGCAGAAACCUGAAAAAUGGUACAAAUGGGAGCCCAUUAAAGAAGAUGAUUUGGAGCAGGGCAAUUUAUCUAUUCCUCUGGUUUUGGUGCAAAUACCAAUUUGCAAUGAGAAAGAGGUGUAUCAGCUGUCCAUCGGAGCUGCUUGUGGCCUCUCGUGGCCAAGGGAUCGUAUUAUAAUUCAAGUUCUAGACGAUUCAACGGAUCCAGCCAUCAAGGUGUUGGUGCAACAAGAAUGUUGGAGAUGGGCAAGUAAAGGUGUGAACAUAAAGUAUGAAAUAAGAGAUAAUAAAAUUGGUUAUAAAGCUGGGUCACUUAGGGAAGGAAUGAAGCAUAGUUAUGUAAAAUUAUGUGACUAUGUUGCAAUCUUUGAUGCUGAUUUUCAACCUCACCCUAAUUUCUUGCGACGCUCCAUACCAUUUCUUGUACACAAUUCGGAAAUUGCCCUCGUUCAGGCCCGAUGGAAAUUUGGCAAGUAUCCUGAUCAUAUGACUCUUAUGAGCUACGACACUAAGGAACAAAAAGAAACUAAACUUUUGUUUAUUGUGUUGUUUGUUCGGUUUGUGGAGCAAGAAGUUGGAUCUGCAACUUGUGCAUUUUUUGGUUUCAAUGGAACUGCUGGAGUGUGGAGAAUUUCGGCUCUUAACGAGGCCGGAGGAUGGAAAGAUCGAACAACGGUUGAGGAUAUGGAUCUUGCCAUCCGAGCUGGUCUCGAAGGAUGGAAAUUUGUAUAUCUUGGCGAUCUCCAGGUAAAAAGUGAAUUGCCGAGUACCUUGAAAGCCUAUCGUAAUCAGCAACACCGUUGGUCUUGCGGUCCUGCCAAUCUUUUCAAGAAAAUGGCUAUGGAAAUUCUUAUAAACAAAAAAGUUUCGUCGUGGAAGAAGAUUUAUCUGAUUUACAGUUUCUUCUUUGUUAGAAAAAUUGUUGCUCAUGCUGUCACCUUUGUCUUUUACUGUGUGGUUUUGCCCGCAACUGUUUUGGUCCCUGAAGUGCAUGUUCCUAAAUGGGGAGUUGUUUAUAUUCCAUCUAUAAUCACUCUUCUCAAUGCUGUUGGGACUCCAAGAUCACUUCACCUGUUGGUUUUUUGGGUCCUGUUUGAAAAUGUCAUGGCUAUGCAUCGAACAAAGGCCACGUUAAUAGGCCUAUUUGAGGUGGGAAGAGUAAAUGAAUGGAUUGUCACCAAGAAACUUGGAGAUGGUCUCAAGACAAAAUUAAGCUCUAAAUCCGUCACGAAACUUAGUAUCAGAUUUGGCAAAAGGCUACAUUUCCUAGAGUUCUUCGUUGGUUUCUACCUCUUCUUUUGUGGAUGCUAUGACUUUGCAUUUGGAAGGAACCACUUCUUCGUGUACCUAUUUCUCCAAUCUAUAGCAUUCUUUGUCGUAGGAUUUGAUUAUGUUGGGACUUUUGUUCUCUAA